AUGAUGAUCAAGCUGAAAGAGCAAGUCACGCUAAACAGUCGUGUUGGUAUCCUUAAACUUCCUCAACCAUCUUUGACCUCCGAUGUCAAAGCUGGCACCAAAUGUCAUGUUGCAGGCUGGGGUUCAACAAGGCUUUCUGGAAAAGGUCACUCGGAUGAUCUGAGGGAAGUGAAUGUUAUCAUUGUCGACCAAGAAACAUGCAAGAGCCAAUACCACAAACUGAGACAAGAAAUAACAAAAAACAUGCUGUGCGCGGGCAACAAAAAGAGAAAGCAAGAUAUAUGUAACGGUGACUCUGGUGGACCACUCCUCUGUGAAAACACAUACAGAGGAAUUGCUUCUUUUGGAACACGGAAAUGCCAAGGAAAAUUGCCUUCAGUUUACACUCACCUGACAAGACAGUACCUGGACUGGAUUCAGCAUGUCAUGAAGAAUAAUUGAAGCACCUUCUCUAUAACCUGCCUAUUUACUCUU